AGGGAGAUUAAAGGAUCAUUCAGGGAGUGAGGGAGAUUGCUACUAUUUCAGGGAGUCUCCUGCAGAAUGAGUGAGGCUCUGCUACGAACUGAAACUGAAAGAGAAGAAAAGCGCACAGAACUGCAACUAAUUUAUAAUCGCAAUAAGAAACCAAUGACAAAGCCUCUGGAUAGCGUAUCAGAGGUCCAGCAAAGACAGUGAAAGGUCCAACACAGACAACCGGAGGUCAAACGCAGAGAACCAGAGUUCCAGCAUAGACAACCAAAGGUCCGGCGCAAACAAUCAGAGACCCAGUGCGGACAAUCAGAGGCCCAGUGCGGACAAUCAGAGGCCCAGUGCAGACAAUCAGAGGCUCAGUGCGGACAAUCAGAGGCCCAGUGCAGACAAUCAGAGGCCCAGUGCAGACAAUCAGAGGCCCAGUGCAGACAAUCAGAGGCUCAGUGCGGACAAUCAGAGGACCAGUGCAGACAAUCAGACGCCCAGUGCGGACAAUCAGAGGCCCAGUGCAGACAAUCAGAGGCCCAGUGCAGACAAUCAGAGGCCCAGUGCAGACAAUCAGAGGCCCAGUGCGGACAAUCAGAGACCCAGUACAGACAAUCAUAGGCCCAGUACGGACAAUCAGAGGCCCAGUGCAGACAAUCAGAGGCCAGUGCGGACAAUCAGAGGCCCAGUGCGGACAAUCAGAGGCCCAGUGCGGACAAUCAUAGGCCCAGUGCGGACAAUCAGAGGCCCAGUGCAAACAAUCAUAGGCCCAGUACGGACAAUCAGAGGCCCAGUGCAGACAAUCAGAGGCCCAGUGCGGACAAUCAGAGGCCCAGUGCGGAUAAUCAGAGGCCCAGUGCGGAAAUUCGGAGGCCCAGUGUGGACAAUCAGAGGCCCAGUGCGGACAAUCAGAGCCCCAGUGCGGACAAUCAGAGGCCCAGUGAGGACAAUCAGAGCCCCAGUGCGGAAAUUCAGAGGCCCAGUGCGGACAAUCAGAGGCCCAGUGAGGACAAUCAGAGCCCCAGUGCGGAAAUUCAGAGGCCCAGUGCGGACAAUCAGAGGCCCAGCACAGGCAGUGAGAGGUCCAGACAGGCUACCAGAGGUCCAUCACAGACAAUUGUUACACCAAGGAACUGGAAUCUCUGUUCCGUGGAGCAGAAGGGAAAUGGGGCUACACAGAGUUUUCCUCAUCAUUCUCUUCAUACAUCUGACUCUCAUUACUGCAGAGAAAAUCUAUCAUGCCCGAGAUCGCUCUGACAUAGAAUCCACCCCGAGAGAUGAAGUAGAUUCUAUUAUUACAAGGAAAUAUGCACAGAACUAUCUGUGGAAGUAUGGAUGGAUCGAGCCUGUACGCUGGGAUUCUUUGCUAUCCCGUGGGAUGCCAGCAACAUCAGGGGAGAAUAUAGCCCCACCAGACAUCUCCACACUUCUGAGUGAAGGACAACCUUUACCCUCUGCCCGACCACUGUCUCCUCAGAGCCCAGAACCUACAUUGAAUCCAAGAUUUGUAGGAGCACUGAAAAGAUUUCAGGAAGCCAAUCGUCUGAAAGUAACAGGGGAACUGGAUGACGCAACGCGGGAAGCUAUGAAUGCUCCACGCUGUGGAGUGCCUGACCUGAAAGUACCAGAGGGAGAAAGGCCGGAGGAUGGAAACACAAUAGAGGGUGACAUCUCACAGUUAGAAGACAUAAAGCAGGAGAAUAGCUUACAUGUGAGCAGAAUCAGGAGAGGAUUAAAGGAUAAACACACAAGAGUACGCCCAGGAACAGGAAUUAUCACUGAACUGCAACUGGGCCGGCAUGUAAGGAAGAAACGAAGUGAUCUAUUGAAACCUGCAACCAAAAAGGGGGCUUUCUCUAAGGCUACUGUAAAAUGGCGGCUCCUUGGUGAAGGUUAUAGUGUGUGGUUGACAACUGAUCAGCAGCGCUCUAUACUAACACGUGCCUUUCGUAUUUGGAGUGAGGUUGUGCCCCUCAACUUUGAAGAGGAUUUACAUUCUCCUGCCCACCUUAUUGAUGUCAAGCUAGGCUUUGGCACACGUCGGCACCUCGGCUGCUCGCAGAUGUUUGACGGAAUGGGCCGGGAGUUUGCUCAUGCUUGGCAGCUUGGGGACAUUCACUUUGACGAUGAUGAGCAUUUUGUGCCUCCAAAUAGUGAGCAGGGGAUCAGUCUUCUGAAGGUGGCAAUACAUGAGAUCGGACAUGUGCUGGGGCUAAGUCAUAUGACCGAAAUGACCUCCGUCAUGCAGCCAAAUUACAUCCCAACCAAUAGUAAGAUGGAGCUGGAUGGGACAGACAGAAGAGCAAUCCAGAAGAUCUACGGACGAUGCUCCGGACGAUUUAAUACAGUAUUUGACUGGGUUCAUCGCGAUCGGGGGUCUCCUGGAAGUUGGGUUUUCCAAACAUAUUUCUUCCGGAAAGGUUGGUACUGGAUGUAUGAGAACCGCAAUAAUCGGACUCGGUACAGAGACCCCCGAAGACUGGUCAACGGAUGGAAAGGGAUCCCCCACUCAGAUAUUGAUGCCUUUGUACAUAUCUGGACACGGGACAAGGACCUCACCCUGUUCUUUAAAGGCGUAUUAUACUGGCGCUAUGACAAUGACAACGACCGCGCCUAUGUGCAGGAUCCAGAAGGUGUCAUCUAUCCCCGUCUCAUCUCUGACGGCUUUCCGGGAAUCAGUGGGCCGAUUGAUACAGCUUUCUAUGACCAGAGGGACCAAAAUGUCUACCUCUUCCAGAGGAGAAAUGUGACGGCCUUUAAUGUGAUUAGCCAGAGUGUGGUUCCGGGGUACCCAAAAGCAAUCAUUGAGGUGUUCCCUCCGUCGGUGGUGGGAGACCACCCUCAGGGUGACCUGGAUGCAGUCUACUUCUCCUUCACCCAUCAGAGUAUAUAUUUUAUCAAGGAGGUCUAUGUCUGGAGAAUGGCAGGAGACAAAGAACAGCAGGCCAACACUAACUUGCCCCAAAGGGCUCUGCUUCCACACCUGCCAAUCAAUGAGCAAUGGUUCGAUAUCUGCGAUGUUCAUCCUUCAAUGUUAUCUGUCCCCAGAAGCUAAACACCACGCACCACUCCACCAGACCAUGCGAAGCCUAGCCGGGAGCUGUCAGAUGGACCACCUCGUGCCUGCAUGGUGAGAUACCACACCUAUUCUGGAUUCUCAGGCCUGGUCCCCUGCCCCCUACUCUCAGCUUUAUCGUGUGUCUCAGAACAUCUGAUCUCCUGCAGGUGCUGUCAUCUUCCUUCUCAGACACAAUUACUUCAAUCUGAAGUAAACGAGACUCUUGCCAAAAUAUCAACAGCUAUGGUCAAACUAUCUCAGACGUGAGACGACUCUUGUUUAUGCCACAAGAUAGGCUCUAUGAUAUAUAUAUAUAUAUAUUAUAUAUACUUUAUUCCACUACCAUGUUCCUAGAAUUUAGGACUAAUGCAGAAGACAAAACAGACUCCUGUUGCAUUAAAUUAACAUAUUUAUGGUUGUUCAUUGUCUGAUUUUUGUUAAUUGAUCUUAAUACAAAUGUGUUGUGUGUAUAUAUACAUAUAUUCAGGUACACCACCGAUAAUCCGACAACCUUGGCUCCAGAACUGUGUCGGAUUAUCCGUUUUGCCAGAUUAUUGGUGGUACAUACAGCGACAUCCUGACAGUUUACCCCCGCCCCACCACACCGCCUAAUCCUAAACCUCCCACAGCCUGAGUCUCUCCCACAGCCUAACCGAGACCAACUGCAGCCUUACCGAGCCCAACUGCAGCCUUACCAAGCCCAACCGCAGCCUAACCGAGCCUAGCCACAGCCUUACCGAGCCCAACCGCAGCCUUACCGAGCCCAACCGCAGCUUUACCGAGCCCAGCCGCAGCCUUAC